AUGGCGUGCGCGGUGGCACCGGGCUCGCCGGUCUUCUCGCCGUCCCGCCUCGGCCUGCUCCAGCAGUUGGAGCAGCAGCUCCACCACCACCACCACCACGGCUGCUCCAGCAGCGGCGCCUCCUUCCUCCCCUCCUCGCCGCUCCGCCCCUUCGCCCACCUCCGCGCGCGCAUCCACCCCGACCCCUCCCCGUGCGCCGCCCCGCCGCUGCCCGCCGUCAAGGCUGAGGAUUCUUCUUCUGUUGCUCCGGCUAAGGCCCCGGUCAAGCGCAGGCGCCCGGCGCCUCUGCUAGUUCCGGCCGCGGUCACCGUCGCGCCGGCGGUGCUGGAGGCCGCCGCGGCGAGCGGGGUGGACGAGGUGGCGGAGCAGGGCGACGGCUUCGCGGCCUUCUGCCGGAGGGGGAAGGGCCGGAAGCGGGUCGAGAUGGAGGACCGCCACGUCGCCGCCGUCGCGCUCGGCGGGGACCGCGCGCAGGCCCUCUUCGCCGUGUUCGACGGCCACGGAGGGAAGAGCGCCGCGGAGUUCGCCGCGGAGAACAUGCCACGGAUCGUGGCGGAGGAGCUGGAGAGGUCGGCGCGCGGCGGAGGGGCAGGGCGCGCGGCGGUGGAGGGCGCCGUGCGGCGGGCGUACCUGCGCACCGACGAGGAGUUCUCCUCCACCUCCUCCAAGAACCGGGAGCAGGCGGGCGGGGGCGCCUGCUGCGUGACGGCGCUGCUCCGCGAGGGCGGGCGGCAGCUGGUGGUGUCCGGCGCCGGGGACUGCCGCGCGGUCCUGAGCCGCGGCGGCAGGGCGGAGGCGCUCACCGACGACCACCGCGCGUCGCGGCAGGACGAGCGGGACCGGAUCGAGGCGCUGAAAGGCGGGCUGGUGCUCAACUGCCGCGGCGUAUGGCGGGUGCAGGGCUCGCUGGCGGUGACCCGGGGCAUCGGCGACGCGCACCUCAAGCCGUGGGUGGUGGCGGAGCCGGAGACUAGAACCGUCGACUUGGGCGCCGACUGCGAGCUGCUCAUCCUCGCCUCCGACGGGCUGUGGGACAAGGUGGGCAACCAGGAGGCCGUCGACGCCGCCGCCGCCUCCUCCGGCGACCUGCCCGCCGCGUGCCGCCGGCUCGUCGACAUGGCCGUGUCCAGGGGCUCCUCCGACGACAUCAGCGUGCUCGUCAUCCAGCUGCAGCGCCCUCUCCGAUAA